CAGCUUAGCGUAGCGGUGUGCACCGCACGGCCCGGUGGAGCAGGGAAAUCUCGUCGAGUGCGAGUGGCGCGCAUUACGUCGUUCCCGAUCAACCGUCGAAAUUAUUUUAUAUCGGGCGUGAAUUUUUAUUAUAGAACGUGUCGUGCGUUUAUUACGAGGCAGUAACGUGAUCACGGCAAAGUUUAAAAAUCGUGUAGAAGAUAGAAGAAUUCGGUAGUGAAUGUAGAUCGGUCGAACGAGGGAAGAAAGACCGGGGUAAUAAACGUGUCAAACAAUCGCGUGCGAUCGUUGUUUGCAUCGAAAGUGAUGUUACUUUCGUUUCGAUAGUGAUUGCUCGUGUUUGUGGCCGAUUCCGUGGUUUUCUUGCAUCACGAAACGGUGUUUCUGACGAGAGAGUGAUUUUUUUGAAGUGUGUUUCUUCGAUUAUCGUAUUUGCAACGUCUCGUUUCGUCGUUCGGUUUAUCGAUAGUGUCGAUAUUUAAUCUACGUUCCUCUCGACUCGACUCGAAGGAAAAUGUGGGCGCAGUGUGUGAAAGACACGCAGGACGAGGAUAUAGGAAGACAAUUUCCGUAGAGUGAAUUGAAGCAGAGGUCCUGUGAUCUCGAAAAACAUACAGUGUUAGUGAAAUUGGUGGAAGAUGCUGCUUGACAAUCGAUUGCUAUGAUCGAGCCGCGGCGAGUUCACGUGGAACGAUCAUGAUUUACCUUAGGCUGCACGUCGGGAGGAGUCUACGGUGCAACACGAAUGCAAGACACUGGAACGUGUUCAUCGUGCCACUCUUCCCACUCUGGAUUAUCGGCGCCUUCUGUGUAAAAGACAUCCCGAUAUCGCACAUCGUGGCACUGGUCGGUGAUCCUACGUACCUUCCGUGCGACAUAUCAACCACCCAGGAAGGAGACUCGGUGCACCUUGUGCUCUGGUACCGCGAGGACCUCGGUACGUCUGUCUACAGCGUCGAUGCCCGAGAUCGAGAUUUCGGCAUCGCCGAACGAUGGUCGGACGACACGGUGUUCUCGAAUCGAGCUUACUUCAUGCCGGACAAGAAACCGGCCGAACUCGGGGUGGACCACAUAAGGGAGGAGGACGCGGGUAUCUACAGGUGUCGCGUCGAUUUCCAGAUCGGGCAAACGAGAAAUUCCAAAGUCAAUUUAACGGUGAUAGUUCCGCCUCACAAAAUCGUGAUCGUCGAUGACUCAGGGAUCGCACGGAACUCGAUGGUGGGCCCGUACAUGAAGGGCGACACUCUGCGGCUCUACUGCGACGUGUACGGCGGUAAGCCUACGCCCACGGUGUCCUGGUACCGGGACGAGAAACUCGUCAGCAACAAAACCGUGACGGUGAGGAACGGUGUUGCGCGGAACGAGCUCGUUAUCAAAAAUUUAGGGAGGAGCGACGUACGCUCCACGCUCACCUGCAACGCGACCAAUAACAACAGGUCGAUACCCCUUUCGUCCACCGUCUACGUCGACAUGAAUUUCUGGCCGUUGGAGGUGAGGAUAAUCGGGUCGAACCAGCCGUUGUCGGCGGGCAAGAGGUACGAGCUGGUCUGCGUCACUUCCGGCUCCAGGCCACCGGCCACGGUUACCUGGUGGAGGAACGAUCAACGCUUGGUGGACACCAAGGAGAGCAUGUCGAACGAUGGGAACACGACCACCAGCAUCUUAUCUUUCAUGGCGACCAAAACAGAUGCUGGUAGACAAUUGUCGUGCCGGGCUGAAAAUCCAAUCAUGGGGAGCGAAUCGAUAAGGGACGACUGGGUACUCGAGAUACAGUACACGCCGGAAACGCGGAUACAGCUGGGCACCUCGUUGAAUCCCAACGAGAUCCGCGAGGGAACUGACGUGUACUUCGACUGUUUGAUUCACGCCGAGCCCCCGGUUUAUAAGGUUGAAUGGCGGCAUUUGGGGAAAACUCUUCACUCCAACGUCACACAGGGUAUCAUAAUCAGUAAUCAAAGCCUGGUGUUGCAAGGCGUCGACCGUAAAAGCGCAGGCAAUUACACUUGCGUCGGAUAUAACACGGAAGGGGAUGGGGAGAGCACUCCGUUUUAUUUGAACGUAAUGUUCUCGCCCACUUGCAAACCGAAUCAGACGAAGGUGCACGGCGUGGCGAAACAAGAAAAGGCAAACAUAUCCUGCCAAGUGGACGCGAACCCCCAGGUUCAAUUCCGUUGGACCUUCAACAAUUCCGCCGAGAGUAUCGACGUGGCCGCCAGUCAUAUCGCCAGGGCCGGCACAUCCUCGAUCGUCUCGUACACACCUAUGACGGAAUUGGAUUACGGCACGUUGCUCUGCUGGGCCACCAAUCGAAUUGGACAUCAACAAGUGCCCUGCGUCUAUCACAUUAUACCGGCCGGUCGGCCCGAUAUGGUUCACAAUUGCACCACUUUGAACACGUCGACCAACUCGUUCUCGGUGCGAUGCACGGAAGGGUUCAACGGCGGCCUACCCCAGUCCUUUCUUCUCGAAGUGAGGGAGAGCAACAGCCAGGAAUUGCGUGCUAAUCUGACAUCGCCUGUGCCACGUUUCAGCGUCACCCAUUUGGAAUCAGGCGCCCUUUACCAGGCCUGCAUUUACGCGUACAACGAUAAAGGGCGGAGCGAGGCGAUGGUGGUUCAGGCCGGGACCAUCAGGCUACCUGAAAAACAAUUAACGUCAGAGUCAGAGAGGCCGAGACAGAACAUCAGGCUUAUGCCAAUGCUGAGCGUGAUGAUCGGCGUGGUGACCGCUUUGAUCAUCGUCGCGGUAAUAGUAAUGGUCGUGCUCAGAAUUCAGCACACGCAGGUGGACGAGCAGAGCAAGUCGCAAAUGGAGGACCACGGCAAACAAACGAAACCGGCUCCGAUCCAACGGGAGCUGAGGUUUCGCGAGGGAAGCAGUUUGCUCACGGAUGAAAAACAUCCCAGCAGCCCGUUCAGAAAGCUGGAGAGCAGCGGUGACAUAAGCGAAAACGACGAGAAGAAUCCAGAUAUCAUACCUCAGCAAAUCACCGGCGACGAGCCGUCCGAGUACCUGAGAAAGAGGCGGCUCGUGUCGACAAUCGAAACAUCGCCAUCGAGAAGUUUGCUGGAACACUCGACGGUCACUUCCGUAAGCGGGCACAGCAGUUACGUCGGUUACUGCACCAUUCGUAAUGGCAUGCCGUUGCACGAGUUCUCGAAUCUGACGACCAAGCAUAAAAGCUUUCAGCCAAUAGUGGGCGACGAUUAUCAAAGCGGGGUUUGCACGCUCCCGAGGCAACACUGGCCGAGCCAAAGCGUUCAAUCAAUGUCGAUGACGAUGAGCCCGCCGAUGCUCUACACAGGCCUCGGUGUCGUCACCAGGACGUGCCCCGCUACCACGUUGCUCGCCAAGGACGUGGAGGCCAGGAUCCCGGCGCAAUGUUGCAUCCAGUCGCAGAAGGACGGCAAGAUGAGCACACCGAUCGUCAUGGCGAAAAGGGAGAGCUCCGUGUGACACUUUUGUCGCUCCCGGACCAGCCACGUUUGAACAAUUAAUCUCAUCGUUUCGUUUCUCGAAUCUCUCUGUACAAAUACUGGUGAUCAGCGACGAUUGGAGCAUCGUUCGAAUGUACGGAUCAAAGAUAAAAAGAAUCGUUUCGUGGAUCGUGCAGUAAUUGGAACGAAGGAUCGUUACGAUGAUUCCUUUCCUCGGUUUCGAAUCUUUUCAUCGUAUUAUCUUUUGCCUCCUGCUAUCGUGCAAUUCGAGCGAAUUAAAUCACGUAUAAAAAGAACGAUAGUAGUUCGCGAUAGUAGUCGAAUAAAGUGAGAAGAAUUGAAAACGCGAUCUUGAAUUGUAUCAAAGGAAUCGUUACCUUGUUAUAACAGUGUAAUCUCGAAAAACGGAUAGAUUGUGGUAAUUUUCCUCGAUAAUUAAGGGAUAAUCGCCGAGUGGGAAAACAUUUUUUAUUUUUAUCGAUUAUUUCCGACGAACAACCCGUACAUUCCAAAUCGACCAAUCGUCGAUUUUGUGUUCAGAGACAUUCGAUAGUCGCGUGUGUGAAAACGAUGUGAGCGUAAAUAAAGCGGAAUACUUACAUAUAUAUAUAUAUAUAUACACACAUAUAUAUAUGUAGAACCGCACGCAAAUUGGAAACGAGGCCGGUUGUAUUUCGAACGAAUUUAUUUCCUCCGCUCGCGAUAAUCAUCGCGUUUAACGUCUCUCUGUUCGAUCAAGUGCCCUUUUUACAUUGAACGGACGAUUCUUGAGCCACCGUGUGUGAAUAUAUUUAGAAAAAAAAAAAAAAGAAAGAGAGAGAGAGAAAAGGAGAGGAGGAAAAGAAAAGUAAAGAAAAAGGAAACAUGCGUUGGGGAUAAUCGCGCGUAAUGGUAAAAGACGUGCGAGUGCGACCGGGAACGAAUUAUUGAUAGGGGAAAUAUAUACUUAUACAUAUGCGUGGGGUUUCGCUCGUGCUGUACAUAUACCUUGAAUACGAAGGAUAUUUUAUACAGAUUGCUAUAGUAUAAGGAUGAGAGAAAAUUAUAAAAAAUAAAAAAAAAGAGAAAUAAAUGAGGGAGCGAAGGAGGAGGAGGGAGGGAGGGAAGGGGGGGGGAGGAGAUAGAGUAAGCGAGAAGCCAUUUGUAUCCCAUUUUUACCGGUUAUGGUAAGAAGAGAAGGGAGAAAAAAAUAUACACAUUGUACAAUUCCGUUUAGCCGUUGUAAGUAUAAAUAAUGUAUAUGGGUAUAUAAAUCGAUCGAGGCAGCCAGAAUAACGUACACUGAGAAAUGUCCUACGACAUGACGAGUUUAAAUAGUCAAUGGGAACAAGAAUUUCACAUGUGUGUGUGUAUAUGUUCGAUAUCGAAGAGGGGGGGAACGACAAGGACGUAGAAGACAUAUCGUACAGCUUUUCCAUCAGUGAAAAAAAAAAAAAGAAAAUUGAAAUUAAAAGAAACGAAGCAUUGGAAACGAGAUGAAUCGAACGGAAGAAAGAAAAAAAUUGUAAUAAAAAAAAAAAAAGAAGAAGAAACAUGAAAAAAGAUCAUCUCCCGUUGCUUUCGUCAGUAUGCAGUAUUCUGGAUUUUAUUGUAAAAUUACGUAUUUGUAUAAUGUAUAAAGUAAUGAUUUUCCUUCUGGGUAAUGAUUCGAGGAUGAAAGCAAAAAUACAACAAGAAAAAGGAAAUCCCCUUUCGUCGUGCUCUUGUAAAAUUAUUAAUAUGUUUCGAUGCUUGAAAAAUUCAAAGAUCGUUGUAUUUAUUGUUACAAUAAGAAAACUUGAACAUUUGAUUCUCGUUUGAUUUGCAAAAUUCAGAAUAAAUAUUAUAAAUUACUUUUAAAUUAUAUUUGACCUAUUUCGAUACUUUUAACAUUUUUAAGAUUCACAAAUUGAAUCUUAAAAUUUGUAUCUUAAUUUUUAUUCUAAAACUUUGCAGAUCAAUAUGAGAAGAUUAGAAAAUAUAAUAUAUUUUCCAUAAAAAAUGAGCUAAAGAAUUGUAAAUGUAUUAUUGUAUGAUAUGUAUGAUGACUUCUAUCCACGAAUCGUUACUAGAAGCUCGUGAAAGGGAAAAAAAGACGAAUAUUUAUAGCUUCCUUGAUCGUUAAGCACAGCAAAGAUGAGAAAACAAAAAAAGAGGAGAGAGAAAGAGAGAGCUUUCGCUUCGCUCUGUAAAUGUCUCCUUUUCCUAAUAAGUGGUGAAACACAUUUGUGUGCAUGCGUGUGUAUCUCAGAGAGAAAGAAAAUAUUUGGUGGGAAAAAAGAAGGAAAAGGAAAAAGUACGGAAACAUCUGGAUAAUUUAACAGAUAACUCAGUGUAAUACGGUCAUAGGAAAAUGGCGAACAAUGGUUUUUCACGAAUCAUUCGUGUAAAUAUUAUCGAGAAUUAGUCGUUCUUUCGAAUCCUCUAGAUGAAUGUGUUCUUUCGAUCUUUAGUCGUUAAGUUUUAUCCUCGAAGACACGGUGUCUGAUUGUAAUA